AUGCGCUCUUUCAUCGCUGCUCUUUUCAUGGCUGGUGCCGUCACCGCCCAAGUUACAAGUGAGUACCUCGACUGCGCGACUGCGGCCCUCGACGGAAUCGACGUUUCAAAAUUCAAGGACUGCACCGACUUGACCAGCACACAAUGCCUGUGCGCGAACAAAGAUGCGUUCUCUGAGCUAACAGAUUCUGCCAAAGACGCCUGUAACAAGGCCGGUAUCAACAUGGACGACCUCGACGCUUCCCUGUGCGGUGCCAGCGGUGACAAGGUCGCUGCUCCCGCCCGCCACGCCAGCAAGCCCAUGGAGCCCGCCGAGGACCUGCACAUGCGCGCUUACUCGCCUAGCGAGGAUGUCGACGCUACUCAGCCCCGUGUGAUGACCGUCACUGUCACCGAGUCCUGCGCCUGCAAAGCUACUCCCACCAACCAUAUGCACGUCUCUCAGAUCCCCGUCAACGUGCCCGUUAGCAGCAGCAUGGGAGGUAUGGCUGCAGCCUCUUCCCCUGCUUGGUCUCACGGUGUUAUGGUCGGAGCUUCGUCUACCUCUGCCAUCUACAACUCUAUGAUGGCGACCCCUACCCCCAGCGGUGCUAGUGCCAACAAGUUCAAUACCUUCCAGGGCGCUGCCCCCCAGGUUAACGCUGCCCGUGGCGGUGUUGCUGCUCUCGGUGUCGCCGCUGUUAUGGGUCUGAUGAUCGCUCUGUAA